GCAUCAGUAACUUCCAGGAUGGGUAAUGACACCUCCCUUCCACUCGCCCAAGUCCCCCCAGGUUUUUCAACAAUGUGUAUCUCCCUGCACCACACUGAUAGUAUCACUGUUCUUCACCAUGAUACUGGGGCAUUAUCUACCAUCCGACAAGCUAUCGUUGACAAUUGGCCUGAUGGUAUUCAGAGGGAAAUGGCUAUAUGUGGAUCAGGAUGGAUGUUUAAGGUCAAAGGUAUAAUUAUAUAUAACCCGUACCUGUGGUUUGAAUAAGGGCAGAAGCUACAGUAAAACCCACAUAAAAGAACCAGUGGAUCAAGAACUGCCAGCCUUAAAUUUAGGCAAUUAACCCAUUGAGUGGCAUUGGACAAAGUAAACAAAGCAGGUAUAUACUGCAGGUAGUUCAUAUAAAUGCUGAUUGCAUAUGCAAAAAAAUAAUCUGUUAGGCUUUCAGAUAGCAAUUAUUAGACUAUAAUGCUGUAAAACAAGAUGUCAAGAACAAUUGUUUUCGACAAGAAAUAAGAACUACUUAAUCGUAAAUCGUUUAAAUCUGAAAUGUUAAAAUUAGUAAAAUUGCAAAGUUUGGUUUCGAAAUGUUGAAAAAUGAGGAAACUGUAGCCCUACAAAUUUUGUAUUAAUUUGUAGUACGCACGGGGAAAUGCGCCACUUUCGGCCUAAAUGUGGUACCUGAAUUUUACCAGGGAUAAUACAAAAUUUGCAAAUUUCGCAGGGGUAUAUUUUCCGCAUUUUUCAACAUUUCGCGCCCAAACUUUGCAAUUUUACUAAUAGUUUUAACAUGCUCUUUCUAAUUGUGGUGAUGGAUUUUGUUCUUCUCGCCCAGAUCAAAAUUUAGUCUGUAGCUAAAAUCAUCCAUUAUCACGUGUUUUAGUUUAUAAACUACAACGUUCUUCGUUGAAUCUUGAAGGUACCCCAUUUUUCACAAGUUCAAGCUCCAGUUCGUCGCAAGCAAGACAAAUUAUUGCGGUCAUUCUACAAAACUUAUACAGCAUCGGUUGGAAAAUUGUGAUCUCGUGCGAUCUGGCCCGAUUCGACGCCGAUAAAAGCUCAAUGUUUUUGAAGAGAUCUCCAAGCAAUUUUUCCUCCGUCCAUCCAUUUGUAUGUGUUGGCCUGACCAGGUCGGAUGAGCUGCAAAUUAUUAAUCUACCAUCUCAACUAAUCGAACCGUUAAAACAGGUCGUAUAUCAAUUUUGGACCAAAGGAAUUCAGAACGAAUCGUACGAGAACGGUGUGUUAGAAAUAAAGAUGGCCGGAAAGCCUUUGUUUGCAACUGAUCUGCAAUCGGUUAUGGUCAAAGUACUUCUACAGAACAUCAUUGCUACCCUUCAUCGGUUCCAGUACGUUUACACAGUGAAUGUUAAUCUGAAAAGUACGGCGGAUUCUUUGUACUUUCGUUAUGAUCCGAACGUGCCGGUCAACGGAGCGGCCCAGUUUUGUACAAUCAGUCUGAAUCGGACAGAUCGGUUACAAGUCAUCUGUGCACCAGAGGCUAUCGUGAAUAUGAUUCGUGGGGUUAUCCAAACUGUGUGGUCUCAUGGUAAGAUACAAGAGGAAAAGGAUCAUCAUGGCAGCUGGGAGUUUAGAAUCUCUGGAAAUCCUUGGCAUUCUUGGAAAGAAGAAUCCGUCAUGGCAAGGUAAUUUUGAUUCGUAAUGAUUUUAUUUUAGCGAUGGACAUAAAUAGAGAGGAUUUCGUAAUGAUCGCCAUCUUUUGCAUCGGAAUAAAAUCGGUGGAAAAAAUGAAAAGCUGGUUAGCUUAACCCUGGGUUAACGUGAAAUUCAAAGCAAAUUUCCCAGCAGUUUGUUUAUAAACUUGAAAAUAUUUUUUCGGAAAUUUUGACCGGACCAUCAGAAGUAUAGUUUUUUAAAGUUUUUAUAUAAACAGACGUGCAGCUAUACAUAAAGGAAAGCAAAGGCUUAAAUUUAACCCAGCACUAAUCCUACUUUGAACAACCGGCCCCAGGGCUUACAAUUACCUCAUUCCCAGACUCCCAGUUGUUGACUGAACCAGCCAGCGGAAAACUGCUUAUAGUUUAACUGAACCUAAAGGAGAAUGAUGUAUAGUGUUAAUAUUGAUAUUUUUGUUGCAAUUUGCGUGUUUUUGUAGAUAUUUGAUACUAAAGAUUCUCGAAGCAAUGUUAGAGCAAGGGUGGCACAAUAUUGCAGCAAUUGAUAUCUCACGACGCGCGACAGAGAAAUCCGUUCUCAUUUUCCAACAACGUGAACCGAGACGUUGUCCAAUCAUGUGCCUGGGCUUAACUGAUGCUGAAAAAUUUCUCCUAAUUAACAUGCCUACCCAGCUGGUUGACCUCUUCAAACAAAUUCUCCUUAGUCGAUGGCCAAAGGGAAUCCGGGAGGAAAGCGUCAUGAAUCUAAGUUUCGGCAGUGUCCGUCAAUUCAUGCUGAAAGGCUGGCCUUGGAAUGGAGGGCUGAGUAACGAUGCUUAUCAUAUCCGAAGCUUUCUCUGUAAUAUCAUCGAGGCUUUUGCCGGACAAGGUUGGAGAGUGCUGAUAGCCGGUGAUGUUUCUGCCAAGUAUAUUGACCAAGAUAAAGGUUCCGAUCACACUGAUGUUCACAGUUUCUGGUUCAUAUAUGAACCCAACACGACCCAGCAACCCACCGCCCCGAAUGGGGAGAAGAGCUGAACAAACUGAUUUAACUAUAGUAUUUAACUGUAUGUAUAAUUUAUUGAAUGAGCUUGUUAAGUCGGGACUGUGGCGUAUUAGUCUCGUUCUUUUUUCGUUCGGACAGAACAAGCUCAGCCAAUAAGUUAUUUAUUAUUUGGCUAAAAAACAAGAACAUUCUUCGAAAAACACUGUUUAAUAAAUUACGACUUACAUCGCGAAUUAAGUUUUUUACAACACAUUAGAGCCAUCUGUAUACGAGCGAAAAUAGGUCUAAUGAGUUUCACAGCCUUCUCCCCUUCGAUAGGCUAUGUUUAGGCCGUGGUUUAUAAUAAUAAUAAUAAUAAUAAUAAUAAUAAUAAUAAUAAUAAUAAUAAUAAUAAUAAUAAUAAUAAUAAUAAUAAUAAUAAUAAUAAUAUUUAAAAUUUAUAUAGCGCAAAAUACAUAUGUAUAUGAUCUAAUGCGCUUUACAAUAAAUGAGAUAAAUACAAUCAAAAUAUAGAUACAAUAUUAAUUUACAAAUACCUAAAACUACGAUUAAUAAAAACUAUACCUACUGUUCAUAUGCUAAUUUAAAAAGAUAAAUUUUUAAAGCUGAUUUAAAAUUAAGUAAACUAUUCUCAGCCCUAAGACUGGUAGGUAGUGAGUUCCAUAGAGCUCAGUUAGCGCAGCCGCGGCGAAUGCUCUAUCUCCUGUGGUUUUGUUGGUUCUUUCCUUAGGGUACCCAAAGUAACAUUCAUUGUUCGAGCGCAAACCAUAACGUGAUUGUCGUUUAAAAGUUAUCGAAUCUGAGAUGUACCUUGCAGCAUGCAUUACCUUGCAUAGCUUUAAAUGUAAUUAAAAUAACUUUAUAGAUAAUUCUAUACUUCACUGGCAGCCAGUGUAGUCUGUACAUAACAGGAGAGAUGUGACAGAAACGAGGGGUGUUAGACACCAAUGUAGCUGCUGCGUUUUGAACACGUUGUAACUUGUUAAUUUGAUUCGCCGGCAAUCCAUAAAAAAAGGCUAUUGCAAUAAUCCAAGUGUCCAAUAACCAAAGCAAGUACAAGCUUUUGCAUAGACUCGUGUGUAAGGUACUUUCUGAUACGUCGUAUGUUAUGCAGAAAGUAAAAAGCUAGGUUACAUGUUUUAGUAAUAUGAACAUUAAAAUUCGAAUCAAAUCAAACUCCAAGGUUUCUAGCCUUACUCACUGCAGUUAUACUAGAGUUACCAACAAUUAAUCUAUCAACAGUAACUUUUGUCAGUUGUUGACGGGUCCCAACAAUCAUAAAUUCUGUUUUGCCAUCAUUCAUUUUCAUCUUGUCAAUAACCAUCCAUGCUCUCACAGCUCUGAUGCACUGUUCCAUUGCGUUCAAUGCUUCCAUUUCACUCGCAGAAAUGUCCGGUCGAAACGAUAAGUAUAACUGGGAAUCAUCAGCAUGUGCGUGAGCUUCAGGUAAAUGCAUCUUGAUAACUUCAAACAAUUUACUAGCGUAAAUUGUGAAGAGUAAGGGCCCUAAACAGGAGCCCUGAGGAACACCGUUAGAUACAUGACAGGUAUCUGACAAUCCACCAUUAACUGAAACACGCUGAGUGCGACCAGACAAAUAUGAAGAAAUCCAAUCAAGCGCUGAUCCUGUGACACCAAAUGAGGUCUCUAAACGAUGUAGUAGGAUGGUAUGAUCCACAGUGUCAAACGCUGCACUUAAAUCCAGCAGAACUAAGAGCGACACAUGCUUCCGAUUCAUGUUGAAAAGAAUAUCAUUAACAACUCGUAGCAGGGCUGUCUCCGUACUGUGAAAUUGCCUGUACGCCGACUGGAAUAAGGGAAGUAGAUCACUAUCAAUUAGAUGAGUAUAUAGUUGAUCGAACACCGCUCUUUCGGUAAUUUUAGAGACAAAUUGUAAAUUACUAAUAGGUCGCAAGUUCUUAUAAGCUGGAUCCCGAACACCUUUUUAAAGCCGUGGUUUAACAAGAGCUUUCUUCCGGGAAAUGUGCAGUAGAAAGAGAAGUAUUCACCAUCUUUAAAAUCACUGGCAUCAGAACGUCCAGAAAAUUCCUCACUCAUCGCCCACCCGUAUAGGUUAUUCUUAUCGUAAUACACGAGGUAACUACUUGGUUGUUCUGGGUCAAAAUCACUCAAGUAUUUAUUAUUAACUUUUGCAUGUCGAUGAGCUAUAUAACUAGUUCCAUCCCGCAUUCCCUUCUCAAUAAACUGGUACAUGUCAACAUCGCUCAGCAAAUCCAAUUCCACACCAGUCCUCCGCAUCUAGCAUCCCACGAAAGGCCAGGAACCGAUAUGUAAUCAGCCGGAUCCAACUUAUAGUAUUCGAGACAAACCCGCCUGAAAUCCUCAAAGACGUCAGCUAGGAGUAGAACGUCAGUUUUCAAGUACAGAUCAUGAUAAUCGCCCAAGUUCUCACAGUCAAAUCGAUUCCAAACUCUUUCUGCCCUACGGUAGUUCUCCUCAUUGAUACCUUUCUCAUUCAACGAACUGUAAAACGCUGGUCUUCCUGGCAACUACUUCUCUUCGAAUUUUUCCCACGAGUCCAUAUACUCAUAAGGCUACACUCCCUUUUGCAGUAACAUCUCAAGGUCAUCCCCCUGCCAUUCCAACCGCAUCUGCCUAAGCUUUUCGCUUUCCAAGUUACUCGCAAGCGUGUCAAGGCCCUUAUUCAUAAAUUGCAUGGAAUCUAUGAAGACCAUGCAAUUGCUUUCCAACUCUAAAUGAGAUAUACCUCUCCAUAUUAUUAGCAAUCACAUCCACACAUUCGCUGAUCCCCGCUCAAUUUCCUGCAUUAUAAAGUGACUAUCAUAUCCACGUAGAUUGUGAAACACCACAGGAAUCUUGUCGGCCAACUUAAAAUUCAAGUUACAUGAAUUAUGCGCUGCUUUCCUGAACUUUCCAGUUACAUGAGAGUGAUAGAGUACCUUCCCAUCUUCAUUACUAAAAGUUCCACCGCAUAUGUGACACUCAUUUUCAGACUCAAAUGUUUUCCAGUCCUGCAGAGCACUCAUCACCACGGGUUUAGCGAACUCUUUUUGUAUCAUUUUAUUGCACACUUCAACUUCACUCAAUAACUCCAUCAGAAACUUCCUUACAGCUCCGGGCCCUCUGUAACUUCGGUAUUCACCGCUGUACUUGUCAUCAUAGUAGCAGACUCUUUCGAACCCGUAGCUGCACGCCUCAUGUCUUUGUAUUUUACGUAAGCACCCCUUUUCCUCUCUGACAGUGCAUCCGGCAAUAUUUAUAAUUGUGACAAUCUGCAAACUUGGAAAGCUACAGCAUGUGUAUCAAAUGUAGAAGGGCUAGUCCUUUAAUCGAGUUUUAACUUUAAGUUAUUGUCAGUGGUGCCUAAAUUACUUUGAUUUUAUACUUGAGUAAAAGUAGAAGUAAUUCGCAUUAAAACGACUUGAGUAAAUGUAAAAAGUACUGGAGAGAAUACGUACUUGAGUAAAAAGUACAAAGUAUUUUUCAAAAAUACUUAAGUACAAGUAAAAAGUACAAGUACUGUAUAGAGUAUAUCGAGGAAUGAUACUCUGGAUUAGACUAAUAGACCACCAACAAUACGAUAGUUACAUAACGCAAUUUUACCUUCAGGCCUCUUGGGAUUUUCAAUUUUUUAUUAAAUUUUAAUUAAGCACUACUGGGGGAUUAUGAUGGGUGUCUACGGCUACAAGGGAUUUCAAAGUUGCAAUUUAAUACCAAUGACACGCAAAUACCUGUACAUGUUUUCUUAGGUUUGAAGGCGACGAAAUGAACGCAGAUAUCUCUCUAACAAGUGGCGAGCAAAGGCAACAUAUGAAUUUGAUGCUCUUGUUCUCUCUUCCCACUCUUCCAUUGUAGCGAAACAUUGACUUCAAAUAUGGCCAAGGAUGUUCCUCCUCUUCUCCUUUUUUACCGAUAGUAUUAACACCUUCUAGUCCUUGUCCUUCGUUCAAGACUUCGUCUGCAAUAUGCAAAUCACUGUCGGCCAUGGCUGCCCAAGCAAUUCGGGUAGAGUUCAAUGAUUGGGCCAGUGAAUUCGGCGCAAUAAUUUGGCGCGAAACGCGUGUAUUGUCGCAUGUGUUCAGCGGAAUAUAUUAAUUGUCUGUACUUCGUGUAAAUAACUAUAAAUUUGAUUGCGAUUGGAGUCGAGUUUAAAAAUCGAAAUUCAUUUUAGAAAUCACCGAAUCAGGUAAAAGAUAGAACUAAAAUUUGAUAAUACCAUAAAAGUAACGGAAUACUUCACCGCAAAAUAAAAAUAACGAAGUAAAACGUUACUUUUUGAAUUUACUUCGUUCCAAGUAGAAGUACUCAGUCAAAAAUUUACUUCGUUGAGGGUCCUGAAGGGUUCUCCGCAAAAUUAGUACUCAAGUAAAGUAACGAAGUACAUUUACUUCGUUACUUGUCACCACUGGUUAUUGUUAGUUGCCCGUUGCAUCAAUGGUAAAUUUCAUUUUGUCUUAUAAUUGUAAUUUAUAUAAAUUAUUUGUUAAAAUUAUUGUAAUUUUAAUGUUAAAUAUUUUGAUACGUGUGUGUUGGUGUUGCACUGGUUGCCUGACCAUGCACGGUGGCAAUCGAACCAGCGACCUUUGGGAUACUAUCCAAUGCUCUACCAGCUGCUCUAGAUACCAAAUGCUCUACCAACUGAAUUGGUAUCUCAAAGGUCGCGGGUUUGAUUUCCACCAUGGUCGGGCAAACUUUUUAGCCUGCCCAGUGUGGAUGCACACUCAGAGUAACAGAACAAACAUUAAAUAUUUGGUCACCAUAAUUGGAAAACUAGCUGUGGCCAUAGAUAUCUUAUAUACACUAGAUAGCGCAUCUCUUUUAGUAAAAUUGAAGCCAAGAAUAUUCCAGCGGUUACCCCCAUUUGAAUAGAUGGCGGCCAUGUUGGUUGUUCCCACUCGCUAAUAAACGAUUAAAAACAACAAUAACUUUCAUCAUUUGAAAAGUUUAAAAACGUAUUUGGAAUAGGGUUAACUUAAUGCUUAAGUUCCCCAGAGGCGCCGGAAGCAAUCUAGGGCGGGGGGGGCAGCUUCUCAAAAAAGGGCAAUUUGUUUUACUGGCAAGCAAACAAAAAAGCUUAAAUUUAGAAAACGACCUGUCUUUAUUGAAAUCUAUAAUUGAAAAAUGACUCUCAUAUGGAACUCAACGUGUUGUGCAAUUGUGAUUUCGGCGAUAUUAUAUUUAAUUACUUUUAUAAGAACAAAAUAACUGACAUGUGCUAAAAUAUUAAUGAAAAUAUGAAAUUAUAUGUACAAACGGUAACAAACUACUAAUUUAGAGUUUAAAAUUUUCCAAAAUAACGCCACCUUUGUUCGUUUAACGUUACAAACACUUUAGCAAUGCUUUUGCUAUGUACUGCGUCAAUACGUCCCUUGUGGAUAGCAGCGAACAUUCUAUUAUUUAGGCUGUUCUUGGACAUGGUAGAUCUGAGCCACGACUUUAUACGGCGCAUAUAACGAUAAACUUCUUUCUGCUGUAGCGGAACUAAUUGGAACUAAUUAUUUUUAGUUUUGUCUUAUGCUUUAUUACGCAUGCCUAUUCGAUCUACAAUGAAGGUGAUAGCUUUUCGAGCGCGCACACUUGGAGGAAAUGUUCAUUCGUGACUGAAAUUAAUUAUUCAACAUGUUGAAUAUUCGGUGCCGAUGGAACGCGUGGGUAAAAUCGUUCAAAACGCCACCGCACACUGGAGGAACUUGCUUACGCCAACAAUCACGAGUGACGCUCAGCUCAGCUGAUAAAAUAAUUCAAUCUCUAUGAGCAAAAGGCAAAGCUGCCCCCGUCCACAAAGGGCAGGGAGGGCAGCUGCUCCCGCUGUCCCGGUGGCUCCGGCGCCCCUGAAGUUCCCUGUUUUAUCUGUUUUAUAAGAAAUGGAAAACAUAUGAAUCUUCUCAUUUCAUCGGAACGACCUGAGACUGCAAUCACAGCUUCAAUUUUUGAAUUGCAGAAUAAUUAGAUGCACUAUUUAGUGUAUAUAUAAGAUAUCUAGGGCUGUGGCCAAUUUCCUAGCACUUAUAAUAUUACUUUAUUUUACUCUGUCUAAUGCCAGAUGAUUUUACUUGUCAGGGGAGAAUGCAUUUUACUCUGUCUAACGCCAAAUGAUUUUACUUGUCAGGGGGAGAAUGCUGCCACUCAUUGGAUUAAUUAAAAUCAAGCAUCAAGAAAACAUCAGCUACAGUGUAAGACUUAAUUAACCCAAGAAUUAUAUUUGCCAGGAUAGUCCACAAUGUAAUCUGUCAUCACUUGAUUAAUUUGAUAGCAUGUGUAUAAUUUAAACUAGUUACCCACAGGGUAGUGAAUGCUGCCUUGGUAUAGCAUUGUUCCCAAAUCUUUAAUAUUUUAAAGAAUAAGAGUAAGAAAUAUUUGUAAUUAAAUGGAAUCAUCCAUAAUGUUUAGUUGCCUGUUAUUUCAUAUUUCUAUAGUGACAAUCGAAGUGUCAACCGAUGUUAGUUUCAUUGCAUUCGUCUCGUCCGGAAACGCUUAUUAGCAUAAUUAGCGUAUAACACUAACAUCAGUGUUGUAUAAUGCGUACAACGCCGUAUACUGCGAGUCCCUUUCGUUACAUAUUUUUGGAAGCCUGUGCAACUUUCUUGCUUCGGCGGGUCUUGCUAGUACUCGCUAACGCGUCAGCAUUGGGGAGGUCUAUAAGUCCUGGGGAAAUCACCUAGUGCGGGUCUUCUUUUACCACGUACGAAUACGCUGAAUAGUAAUUUUUAAGAUUGUCUGCGGAAAGGUUAAAUUAAAUGCCACAUUUACUCAUUUCGAGCUUUCGAUAGCUCGCCACCUCGAUCUUGUGGACAAUUUUUUUUUGCCGUGUGGAAGUGACUACCGCCCAUUCCAUGAGCCUCCGACAUUCCCACCUACUUAGUGCUCCUUCCUACCCAUGUGUCGACAACUAUAUCUGCAAAUUGUGCUCUAGAAAGAUGUGAAAUGUCACAUUGACCAUAAGUGAUUAUAAAGCAAACGUUUUUUACCUUCGGAGUACCCGAAUUAGCAGUUGAUUCAGCCGUUACCCGCAUGCGAAAGUAACCGGAUGUUAUAUUACUAUACUAUAAAUUAACAGUAAGUGUGACAUAUCUAGCAUAAAACAUUCGCGAUACAUAUCUUUAUAUUGACGGACUAUAUAACCUCUCAAAUAACCCACUUGUGCUCAGCCGAAAUUUGUAAAAACAAAACAACGAUUAAGAAUGCUAUAUGACAUAACAAGUUAUAUUCAUAUCCUGUUAAUUAUUAACUUUGAGAAUUUUAAUGGAACUUAAUUGUUUUAAAAUGUUAUAUUAGAUCUUCUGUGAACGAAAUGGAGCAGAAAUACCUCGAGAAAUACUUCGUUCCCAGAGCAUUCUAUCCCCUGUACUUUUGAGAUAUACAAUGGUGUUAUGCCAUAUGGGACCCAGACAAUCACUUUCAGAAGUUGUUGGGACACAUGUAGUUUUUAUAGACACAAUACCGCUCCCCUCCCCCCACCCCAAUCAAUGUUGCUCCAACCAAAACACAUCAAACCUGACGAGAAAUGGGACACAACAUUGAAUAGGGGGCGGGGGGAUUGACGUUUUGUUGAAAUUCAAAGGUUUUGUGGCAUCUGUCCCAAGACUUUUGAAACUGAUUGUAGCUCCUUUUAAUAGUGCUGAUACUUUUGAAAUAUUCAUGGCCAAAAAUAUCAUCAGUCAGAAAUACACGGACUUUGACCCCAGCUUCGUGAAUGUUCGGUUUAUGCUCGGAGAUCGUCGUGACACGGACGAAAUUUUGGAAAAAAAUUAUUUUUAAAAUUGAUACAUAUUUUACAUAUUUUGUGUGACAUUGUUUACUGUCGCCAGACAGCAGAUUGCCAAGGAGUGCCAAGGACUCUGCCAAGGACCUGCAAAUCUGUAAAAUUUUCCUAUAUUUUGGACCGGUAAGCCACUGUAUGUAAACUCAUUUAAAUAUUGUUCAAGAGAUCAUAAAAAUCACUGUAAUUCCGUCUGCGAGUUUGGAUUAUGAAAUGUGCCAAUUAUGAAUAUGUACCAAUGCAAUUUUAGCUCGUAGACUUUCAGCGUUUGUUAAUGUUUAUAGGAUAAUACAAGAAUAUAUAAAUAUUUGUAUAGUGGUAUAAGGUUGGAAAUCUGUAGUAUCUUUACUUUACAAGCUCAGAUUUUACAAAUUGACUCGUGAAUCAGCAUUUAUAUUUUUGAAUAAAAAAUGUCACUGAAUUGUGUAUCAGCUGUGCUUUAUUGGAGGAAUGAAAAUUUAAGAUUUUGAUGAAGUGAUCCUCAAAAGAUGAACAUUUAAACCAUUGCAGAUUGAGAGCCAAUGCUCUCUCCUUGAGGAGUAAAGUCAUCUCCAUUAGAUAGAGUAUAUUAAAAAUAAUAAAGUAGAGUGCAUUAGGUCACAAUGAAACUUAUAAAUUACCAGAGACGUACACUUGGGCACCCUCCCCUUGACGAUUGAGUAAAAUUGUCUGGCAUUAGACAGAUUAACAUAAUAAUGUGCAAUGCUUUGGUGUGCAAUGCAAUGUAAUUGGUUGAACUGCAAUGUGACCUAAUAUAUAAAUGCUACCAGACUGUACCAGUUGUCAAGGAAUUAGGGACAAAAUUAUGGUUAUACUGUAUAUAUAGAAGCGCUUUAUGGUUAUAUAUAGAAGCUAGGUCUCCUAUAUCUAUGUUUAUAUCAAUGGUAAUUGGCUGUUCAUAUUUAUUAAAAUUAACCCAUUGAGUUGCAUUGAACCAAUCGGAUCUACUUUAUAGACUUUAUAAUUUUACUCUGGCCAAAUUGGCAAUGCCAAACUGUUCUACUUGAUGAGCUAAACAUAAGCAUAUAUGCCCAAAAUGUAGAAAACCAAGGAAAUUUGGGACAAUGUUGGGUAAAAUCUAGAGAAAUUACACAAAUUCACCCUAUAUGCUAGGUCAUAUAUGAAUGGUGGCAGCAAGUAGCUGCUUUUCCUUUAUUGAAUAAAAUUGUCUGGCAUUAGACAGAGUAAAAUACUCUGUAUUGUACAUUUGACAGAGACUCUGUAUAUAAUAUGGUAGUAUGCCGUUAAAAAACUUACAGAGCGAGGAAUCCAAGGAUGACCUUUGGUCAAACCAACAGUAUCUUCACAAACCAAUUGAGUAAACUGUGCAACAGACCUAAAAAUUGCACUGUAUAGCAAUGCUUUUAUCUGUGACUGUGCAUCCGUGCAUGCAAAUAAUGGCUGUUAACAAAUUUCUUUCUACUUUCAGCAUCAGUUACCAAGAUGGGUAAUGACACCUCCCUUCCACUCGCCCCAGUCCCCCCAGGUUUUUCAACAAUGUGUAUCUCCCUGCAAUACAGUGAUGGUAUCACUGUUCUUCACCACUAUACUGGGGCAUUAUCUACCAUCCGACAAGCCAUCGUUGACAGUUGGCCUAAUGGUAUUCAGAGGGAAAUGACUAUAUGUGGAUCAGGAUGGAUGUUUAAGGUCAAAGGUAUAUAUAACCCAUACCUGUACUUUGAAUGAGGCCAGAAGCUACAGUAAAAUCCUGCAUAAAUUAAAGAACCAGUGAGUGGAUUAAGAACCACCAACCUUAAAUUUAGGCAAUUAAACCAUUGAGUAGUGUUAGACCAUGGAUUGUAAAAUAACUGGAUAGGAAACUAGCUGACGUCACAGGCUAAACCUAGUUGCAAUCUGUGAUAAAGUAAACAAAUUGAAUGGCAGGGUGCCUGAAAGCAGGCAUAUACCAUAAUAUUAUUAGUAUAAUAGAAAUUUACACAUUAAAUAGCUAAGCUAAAUUACAAUGUGCUCCAAACAGAGCUUUUACUGUUUUAAAAAAUUAAUUAAGAAUGAAAUAAGAACUAUUGUAGUGUCUAUUUAUUAUUAAUAUUAUCUUACAGGUAGUUUAAAUAUAUGCUAAUUGUGUAUGCAAAAACAUAAUCUGUUAGGCUUUCAGAUCAUAGGCGUACCCAGUGGCAUAGCCAGCCCUACAAUUUAGUCCCGCUAUGCAAAUUGAAAAUUAUUAUCAUUAUUCAUUUCUUUAGAAAUUGAUUGUUUUCACAGUCAAUGACAUGAAAAUAUUUGCAUAGCGGGACUAAAUAGUCGGGCUGGCUACGCUACUGGGCGUACCGUUGGGCAGUCGGGCAAUAUUCAAUCAACAGUCGGGCACUUUUGGUUUUUUACAAAAAUAAAUGGGACAAAUUCUGUCGAUUUUGUCGAAAAUUCAGUCAAUUUUGUGGCCAAUUUAGUGUUUUUUUGAAAAUUUGUCUGAUGUUAUGAAAAAUUUUGGUACGUCCGGAAAAAUUUUUUGACCCCUAAAAUGGUACACUGAAACACAAAAAAAUUUUCGGGACUAGUCGGGCACAUUCCCGAAAAGUCGGGCAAUUUUCUUUACACCCCCCUAAUUUUUUCCUUCGGGUACGCCCAUGUUUCAGAUAACAAUUAUUAGAAGGAAAUGAGGGCCUGACUGCAGACAACACGUCAAGAAACGAAAUACACACACUUUUCGCACUGCCCAAUUGGCUCUAUGCAACAUAUAAAGUCAUAUUAAUUAUUUUGGCGUUAUAAACAUUUCGUAUUGUAUUGUUACAAAAGUAAAAAUAUACAUGCAGAACGACGACGUUUACGUUUUACAAACAAAAAUACAUAGUACAGGUAUAUUGCAUUAAUUAAAUUGUAUUCGCUCGAAAUAACACACCAUUUAAACGCUUUCAGACAGUAUGAAUAAAAAUGCUACAAGAUUUAAUAAAUAUGACAUAACGGACCAUUAGAAAUCCGGGGGGGGGGGGUGAAAAUUAAAGAAAAAAAUUCGUGCAAAGAAAAAUGCCUGGAAAAAAAUUCGUGCAGCCAUUACGUCAGAGAAAAAAAAUUCGUGCAAGCAAACAGCAAAGUACAAACAGUCUUGAAAAAAAAAAUCGUGCAGAGGUUAAAUGCAGUAAAAAAAAAUUCCUGCAGAGACAUGAGACUGAAAAAAAAAAUCGUGCCGCAAAAAUUUUAUACCCCCCUCCCGGGAUUUCUAAUGGUCCGCUCCUUAGUUAACUUUUUCAAAAAAAGGUCUGUCAAUCAACUUUUGCGUUGUGUGGAUAACGCGUAUUUCGUUUCUUGAUCUGUUGUCUGCAGUCCCUCCUUCUAAGACUAAGUAGGUGACUGUACGCAGUAACUAUACUCAGCCUGAAAUCAUUUAAUGUAAAGCAAAAAUGUAUUUAGCCCUGGUCAAACGAAGAUCCGAGUUGACGAGAGUUGGCAAGCGAAAGUUUGUAUUUGAGUUUUCUUAACACUCACGCGCCUGACAAACGAGAACAAGAGUUACAUGAGAGUUGACCGGAUACUGCGCGCAUCAUGGCAAAACGUCUUAUCAAAAUUUGAACCAGUUCAAAGUUGAUGAGAGUGCAUGAGAGUCAAUGAGAGUUGGCGGUUGAACGCGAGCGAUCAGAGAGAUGCAACUGUCAUCAACGUCAAACAGGGAUCUCAGAAAGGGAACGGCUAAUGGGAGAGCUAAGAUUUCGGAGAAUUAAGUUCGAACCACGCCCACUUUUUCCAACGUCCACACCCAAUCCCUUGCUCUCCCGGGGCUGGUUGUUGAAAAGCCGAUUAUGGCUUAACCCUAUAGGUUAACCUAAAAAUUAAAAGCAAACUUUCCAACAGCUUUUUUAUAAACUGGAAAUCUUAUCUUGAUUAGUACAGGGUGUCCACGGGCCUUGAAAAUCUUGGAAAGUCCAUGAAUUGGAAAAAAAUUCCAGGACUGGAAAGUUCUUGAAAAUCAGAAGAAGUCCUUGAAAGUCCUGGAAUUAAUUUCCUUAAUCUCCAGCUGUGCCAACAUUAGUGAUUUUGAUUAAAAUUACUGAAUAAAGUGAAUUAUUUACGCAAAUCCGUGCCAUUUUGAAAGAUUUUUCCAAGUUCUAGGUCCUUAAAUUUACUCGCAAAAAGGGCCUUGAAAGUCCUGGAAAAGUCCUUGAAAAUUUCACCUUCACCAAAGGGUGGACACCCUCUUAGUAGGAGUCUUAGAACUUCUCUAAAGUUUUGAAACAAACAAACGUGCAAAAAUACAUAAACUAAAACAGCAGGUUAUUUUUAACCGAGGAUUACCGCUAAUCCAGCAUUGAACAACUGGCCCCAGGUGAUGUUCCUUUCAAGUAAAAUGGGAUAGUGAAUUUGCUGUAACUCUCUUCCGUCACAACGUAAAAAAAUACGUAUAUACUUAUACUUAGUUAAUGGAUGAUUCCAGCUAUACUAUAUACUAAAUUUUGAUCUAGGCAAGAAGAACAAAAUCCAUCACCACAGCUAGAAAGAGCAUGUUGCAAAGUUGGUUGCGAAAUGUUGUAAAAUGAGGACAAUAUAGCCCUAGGAAUUUGCAAAUUUUGUAUUAAUUUGUAUUACGCACGGGAAAAUGCACCACUUCCGGCCCAAAUGUGGUGCAUUUUCCCGGGCGUAAUACAAAUUAAUACUGACAAAAUUUCGCAGGGCUAUAUUUUCCGCAUUUUAAAACAUUUCGCGGCCAAACUUUGCAAUUUUACUAAUUUUAACAUGCUUUUUCUAGCUGUGGUGAUGGAUUUUGUUCUUCUUGCCAAAAUCAAAAUUUAGUCCGUGGCUGGAAUCAUCCAUUAAUCACGUGUUUUAAUUAAACGACAAUUUUCUUCGUUGAAUCUUGAAGGUACCCCAUUUUUCACAUGUUCAAGCUCCAGUUCGUCGCAAGCAAGACUGAUGAUUGCGGUCAUUCUACAAAAAUUAUACAGCAUCGGUUGGAAGAUUGUGGUCUCGUGCGAUCUGGCCCGAUUCAACGAUAAAAGCUCGAUGUUUUUGAAGAGAUCUCCAAGCAACUUUUCCUCCGUCCAUCCGUUUGUAUGUGUUGGCCUGAGCAGCUCAGAUAAGUUGCAAAUUAUUAAUCUACCAUCUCAACUGAUCGAACCGUUAAAACAGGUCGUAUAUAAGUUUUGGACCAAAGGAAUUCAGAACGAAUCGUACGAGAACGGUGUGUUAGAAAUAAAGAUGGCCGGAAACCCGUGGUGGUCAACUGAUCUGCAAUCGGUUAUGGCCAAAGUACUUCUACAGAACAUCAUCGCAACUCUUCAUCGGUUCCAGUACGUUUACACAGUGAAUGUUAAUCUGAAAAGUACAGCGGAUUCUUUGUACUUUCGUUAUGAUCCGAACGUGCCGGUCAAUGGAGCGGCCCAGUUUUGUACAAUCAGUCUGAAUCGGACAGAUCGGUUACGAGUCAUCUGUGCCCCAGAUGCUAUCGUGAAUAUGAUUCGUGGGGUUAUCCAAACAGUCUGGUUGCAUGGUAAGAUACAAGAAGAAAAAGAUCAUCAUGGCAGCUGGGAGUUUAAAAUUUCUGGAAAUCCUUGGCAUUCUUGUAAAGAAGAAUCCGUCAUGGCAAGGUACAUGUAAUUUUGAUUCGUAAUGACUUUAUUUUAGCGAUGGGCAUAAAUAGAGAGGAAAUCGUAAAUGAUCGCCAUCUUUGGCAUCGGAAUAAACUGGGUGGAAAAAAUGAACUUCAGGG